AUUUUUAGGCCUUACUUGUGCGUUAGACUUUUCAAGAGUACCUGAAAUGGUCGCCGAAACCGGUUAUCCCGUGGAAUCCCAUGUUGUUCAAACUCAAGAUGGAUAUCGACUAACAAUGCAUCGUAUUCCCCAUGGAAAAGUUCCCGAUGAUACAAAGAGGCCCGCUGUAUUUCUUCUGCAUGGACUUUUAAGUUCCUCUGCAGAUUGGGUGGUUAUCGGACCCGAACGUGCCUUGGCAUAUCAACUUGUAGAUCGGGGUUACGAUGUCUGGAUGGGAAAUUCCAGAGGAAAUACCUAUUCCAGAGAUCACGUAUCCCUUGAUCCGAACUUCCCUGCUUUCUGGGACUUCACUUGGCACGAGAUAGGAAUGAAAGAUUUACCAGCAAUGUUGGACUACGUUUUGAAGACUACAGGAUGGGACAAACUUCAUUACAUUGGCCAUUCCCAAGGAACAACGUCUCUAUGGGUUAUGCUUUCUCUUUUACCUGAAUACAACAACUACUUCCUAUCAGUUUCUGCUUUGGCUCCCGUUGCUUACAUGUCAAAUUGCAAGAGUCCCUUCUUUCGCUUUUUAGCAUUAAGCGGUGAUACUUUGGAGCUUCUUUCUGGUCUCUUGGGAGACUAUGAAUUCGCACCAAGUACAACUUUGAUGCAGUUAGGGGGGCAAUUAACUUGUAUGGAUUAUUCACCAUUUCAAGAAGUUUGCUCUAAUAUACUAUUCUUACUUGCCGGAUACGAUUCUGAACAAUUAAAUCGAGUAAAUAGAACGAUUCUAGAAAUAUUCACACUCUUGUAA